CUAAUAAUGAAGCUUAGACAAGACAACAAGGACUAUCCAAAUCCCAACCCAGAAGUUGAGCGAAUCGAAAACAAAUCCGCAGUUGAAGCGAAAACAAAAAAACGUAGCGAAACAAAUCCCCAGAGACCAGGGUAUGGCGUUGCGGGAAAAAAAGUCGUACUCUGGGCGAAUUAUUUCAAUCUCCACUCUAAGAAAGAUGUAGAAUUUUACCGCUACAGCGUUACGAUUGCUGCGGAUAGUAGAGGGAGAGUGCCAGUAGGCAAGAAAGUGAAGAGGAUUAUCCAGCUUCUCCUGGAAGACCAUCUUUUUGGGUCCUACGGAAGCAAUAUCGCUACCGACUUUAAGUCGAAUCUGAUCUGUCGGGUUGAGCUUGACCUGGACGAAGAAGACGAAGGCCAAGGCAACAAUGAGUUUGUUGUCACCUACCGAUCCGAAGAGGAAGAUGUACCCGCCCAGAACGCGAUCCAAUAUCGCUGUCGCAUCCAAUUCACAGGAUCGCUGACGCUGUCUGAGCUCGUCAAUUACCUGACCUCGACACAGGCUGGAUUGAUGUUUGGCUCGAAAGAGGAAAUAAUUCAGGCGUUAAACAUCGUCCUGGGUUAUUAUCCAAAGGCAGACGAUUCUACAAUAACGGUAGCGUCAAAUCGACAUUUCGACACAAAAGCUACAGAUCGAAUGAGCCUAGGUGCCGGCUUACAAGUAAUCCGAGGCUUUUUCAUGAGUGUUCGAACGGCAACGGCGCGCGUGCUCGUCAAUGUGCAAGUCAAGAACAUGGCUUUCUAUGAAAACGGACCCCUUGACAGGCUCAUGGGGGCCUUUAUGGCCGGCAACCGGGGGGCGAAUAAGGUCGACUUACUCAAAUUUGUAAAGGGGCUGACUAUUGAUAGAACACAUCUCGUGAACAAGAAUUCUACAGGUAAGCGAAUUCCAAAGCUUAAGAAAGUCGAGGGCUUCGCAACCAAGGAUGAUGGCCGCAGACUUGCACACCCGCCUAUUGUGCCGCAGUUUGGCGCUGGCGCGAAGGAGGUGCAGUUUUACUUGGAGGAUUCUCCUGUUGAUUCUUCGAGCAAACCCGGACCUGCAGCUGGUGGAGGUGGAAAGAAGGGCAAGAAGGGCGUGAAGAAAGCCGGUCCUGAUCCGCCACCUAGGGGCAGAUAUAUCAGCGUCUUUGAUUUCUUCAAAGAGAAAUACAAUACUACAAUCAAGGAUCCAUCCCUCCCCGUCAUCAACGUCAACGGAAAAGAUAACCCUUCGUAUUUGCCAGCCGAAGUCUGUGAAGUCCCACCAGGCCAGCCUGCACGCGCAAAGCUCAGCAGUGCACAGACGCAGCAAAUGAUUCGCUUCGCUGUGCGACGGCCUGUGCAUAACGCCAAGUCAAUUGUCACCUCUGGUGGGAAGUUGCUGGGAUUUGAGCCGACGAAUGCAACACUGGAUGCAUUCAACAUCACCGUACCGCCGAAACUGAUCACUGUCCCAGGCAGAGUAUUAAAUGCACCGGCAGUCAAAUACUCAACCCCUGGCGUGGUCAUGCCGCGGUUCGGAGGCUGGGACAUGCGGUCCGUAAAGUUUGCAACAAAAGCAGACCUGCCCUCGUGGACAUACUUGCGUAUUUCUUUGCAGGGUGGACGUAGCGCCUGGCCAUCCGAGGCAGAUUUCAUUGCAAAAAUGGAUGAGCUUCAAGCCAAACUCAGAGAACUCGGCAUUUCUGUCAACAAUUACUUGGCGGGAGGGCAUUUAAAUGCAAGUGGGCAACAGGUGGAAAAUGGGAUCGACCAAUGGAUACACAGAUUUGCUGUCAGUCCCAGACGCCCCAAACUGAUACUAGUGAUCAUCCCAGACGCCGCCAUGACUGUUGUGUACAAUCGCAUCAAAUACAUGUGCGACGUGAAGGAAGGAAUCUUGAAUGUCUGUGUCGUCGAUUCUAAAUUCUCUAGGGCAAAUCCCCAAUACUUAGCCAACGUGGGUUUGAAAUUCAACCUGAAACUAGGCGGUCGAAACCAGGCACUCGAUCCGCCAAAACUAGGCUUUAUAGGGCAAAAAAGAACCAUGGUUGUUGGAAUUGAUGGUACUCACCCGUCGCCUGGCUCCUCAACCAAAGCCCCCAGCGUGGCUGCAAUCGUCGCAUCUGUCGACGAAUGGCUGUCCCAAUGGCCAGCUGACAUCCGCGUACAGCCUGCCAGACAGGAAAUGGUCGCCGAUCUAGAAACGAUGUUUAAAUCGCGUCUGCUACUCUGGAGGGAACGAAAUAAGACCCUACCCGACAACAUUCUCGUGUAUAGAGACGGCGUCUCCGAAGGCCAAUACGACAUCGUUAUUAACGAAGAACUCCCAGCUCUACGCGCCGCCUGUAAGACUCUCUAUCCAGUAUCCGCCACUAAAUCCGACAAACCUCAUAUCACUAUUAUCAUCGUCGGAAAACGCCACAAUACGCGCUUCUAUCCCACGAAAAAGGAAGAUGCUGACCGUGGCGGAAACCCCAUGAACGGCACAGUAGUCGACCGCGGCGUGACAGAGGCCAGGAACUGGGAUUUCUUCCUUCAGGCGCAUACCGCAAUUCAGGGAACCGCCAGGCCAGCGCAUUACUAUGUUGUCUAUGACCAAAUAUUCCGUGAUUUGAAGUCAACGCAAUUCGCGACUGCUGCCGACGCGCUCGAGGAUUUGACGCAUAACUUGUGUUAUCUCUUUGGACGGGCGACAAAGGCUGUGAGUAUCUGCCCACCGGCUUAUUAUGCGGAUCUGGUCUGUACGAGGGCGAGGUGUUAUUUGAGUGGACUUUUUGAUCCCUCGUCAUCGUCGAGUCCGGAUACGAGUUCGGUGGGGACUGCUGCAGCAACAGGUCCGGCUGUUCCAGAUGCUAGUUUGGUGACGAUACAUUCUAAUGUUAGGAAUGCGAUGUUUUAUGUAUGA